AUGCUCCGCGCCAGGCUGCUGCUCCUCCUCGCCCUCCUCUGUGCCGCCAAGACCGGCCGAGCUCUCCGCCUCUACAACACUGCCUCCAUCUUCAGCUGCCUCAACGCAGCCCUCGCUGAAGCCCAGAAGAGCCACCCGGAGGAAAACGCCAUCUUGGACAAGCGUGGCUUCGACUCCCAGUUGCUGGAGGAGGUCUCUGAGGAGGAGGAAGGGGAAGACGCGGUGGAUGAAGAGAUGGGGAAAAGGACAUUCCCGGGUGAAGGCCAUUACAAAUACGUCUCCCAAGCGCAGGUGAAGGGGAAGACGUACCAAAACCAGGCCAAGAGUGACCGCCGCACCAAGGUCACCCUCUCCCUCGAUGUCCCCACCAACAUCAUGAACAUCCUCUUCAACAUCGCCAAAGCCAAGAACUUGCGGGCAAAGGCCGCUGCCAAUGCGCACCUCAUGGCCCAAAUCGGGCGGAGGAAGUGA